GGGGAGGGGGCAGCGGCCGCCUCAGGCCACACCUGUGGCGCAGCGGCGGAGGAAGCGCCCGAGGUCGGCGCGGCCGGGUCGGCGCCCGGCGGCACCAUGACGGUGGGUGCGCGCCUGGGCGCCAAGGUGAGGGGCAGGUUCUCCCGCCGCGGGCCCGGUGACGACCAGGUCUCCAUCCUGCCCGGCGAGGAGGAGGAGGCGGCGGCGGGGGCCGGGGGCAGCGCGGGGGCCCCGCGGGCGGCGGCGCUGCAGGAGGAGGAGGAGGAGGAGGGCGUCGGGUGCAGGAAGGUGCACUUCGCCGUGCUGCCCGGCUCCUACGAGCCGCUGCGCCCUCCGCGGGCCCCCGGCAAGCGGCCCUACGGGAAGCGCCUGAAGAAGUACGGAAAGAACGUCAGGAAGGUUCUGCAGAAGGGUUGUCACUACUUGGUGGUUGGCCUGCAAGGAUUAGCAGCAGCCUAUUCUGCUCCCUUUGGAGUGUCAGCACAUGUGGCAUCCUUCGUCCGCUAGCGCAGCUCCGUGUGCCCCAUGGGAGAGGACACGAGGCCAUUGCUGCUUUUUUAGGAUUAAAUUUGAGACCUGGAUCUGAAAAACCUCUUGGACCAACAGCCCCGAGCCCCUGCGCCAGGCCCUUUCCAAGACUGAGCGCUCAUCUCUGAAAAAAAUUCCAGCACUUUGUAAAAUCCAAUUGGGUCAAAGAAGUGUAAGGAUGAGAAAAUAAUCUUUGAUUCAUUGAUCUGAAGUUUGUUUCCAGGCAUGAGUUGGUUUUCCAGAGCUUUGUGCUCCGUGUGGAAGGGAGCCAAGGAUGGAUAGCAAAGUAAGUAGAUGAGGGAGAGAGAAAUGAAGGAAAACAGAGGAUGGGAGAGCAGCUGGGGAGGUGGAGAUGAGUUUGGGUAGUGAGAGGAAUUGUCAAUGCAGUGGAGGAAACAUAACAAGGGAUUAGGAAAAGAUAGUCUUUGGUUUUCUGAGAUUCCAAGUUUGCUGGGGUUUUUUACCUGAGAGGGUUAAGAUGAUGAGUGUGCUUAAAAAAUAUACUUGGACAUAAAUGGACUGUGGCCUGAGACAUGGAGAGCUCUGCUGCAUCAUGGUUGUUUGUUUCAAACACUGGGCAUAGUAAGUCUUUAAAUAAUCUUAAGAACGAUGUAAAAAUCCAGAAAGAAAAUGAGGUGUGUAUUUGUGAUUUUGUGGCAUUAAAGGUUGACUGUGAUUAACAUUUUAAACUUUUCCUCUGCUACUAUGAAAUCUGCAUGUAUUUUUUUACUGAGAAUGGAGUUUAAAUGUGAUAUACCUGCAUCUGGAAGCUGGGGCAUUUUACACCUAAUUCUGUGGUGUUCACCAGGGGAAAAAUAAAUUGAUUACCAGCUGCAUCUGAGAAAAAAACCAUACAUACAGCAUUUGGUAUAAGAAUGUACAAGUGUGAUGUAUGAGAAGAGGGCCAAAUAACCUCCCAGCUCCAUCUUCAUUUCUGCACUUGGAAGCUGUAAGCAGAGGAUGUCAGUAUCAGAUGGCUCAGCUCCGUGGUGUGCAUGGAGCAACUUCCCUGUCACACCUCCAGGGAUAUAAAUCUUGUAUUGAUGACACGGGAACAAGGUGGUUUAUGUGCCUUAAAAAUUCUGUGGGGUUUGUUUGUCUGUUUGUUUGUUUGUCUCAGUCUUUUGUGGUAGUUGUAAAUGACUUCCCUGCUAGCACUUUCUUUGUAUUAAAUAUCUUUCUAGUUUUGAUGUUGUUUUUGUAAUCAAGGAGUUGACUUAACUGGAAAAAAAUGCUGUUCACUUGC